UAAAAUUCCGGUGUUUGAAUGUGAAUUUAACUUGUGAAUAAGAAAAUUAUUUCUAAUAUAUUUAUGUUUGUCGUGUCUAUGAAAAAAAGAAAAAUUUACGAAUGUAGAGAAGGAAAACAGUAAGUAGUAGAGUAAAAUGAAUGUCGGGUUGGUUGGUCGGACAUUUAAUACUACUCUGGCUUUUCUCUCAGUGAUGUUGAGUUUGCGAAAAUCGAUAAUGUUCGGGACGUUAACGACGCGGGCGGUCGAUCUCUCCUCAACAUACACACAACAUUCCGUCCAUUUCGACAUUCUUCCCUUUCCUCCAACAAAGCAGCAGCAUUUGCGAAAAUUUUUAGUUGAGAUUAAGAGAGGAAGAAUGUAUAGAAUAAAAAGAAGGGGUUUUUGGUAGGGAGGAUGACGGAGGAGAGUGCUCGGGCUGUCGACGACGAAAAAAGAUAGAAGCUCCGACCUUAACCGGCUUUUCUCAUAUGUGAUUUUG